GGAUCCAUGUGGUGUCGCGAGACCUGCUUUACCCCCGAGCUUCCGGUUCCCAGGCUCGGCGUUUUCUGCCUUGCGAUGCGGGCUAGACUUCUGUGGGGCGCAGCUCGAUGUCUUUGGGCCCGCCAGGCUGUUGGCCCGGCCCGCAGGCCUAUAAGCUAUGGGAGCACGCCGCUGGAGGAGCUGUUCACUCGCGGCGGGCCUUUGCGGACCUUUCUGGAGCGCCAGGUAGGGUCUGAAACCCACCUGCGGGUCGGGGGGCCUGAGUUAGCGGAAGUGGCCAAACUGCUCGGCGAGAAGGAGCAGGAGCUGCAGGAGACUGAGCACUUGCUGCACGAUGAGAAUGAAGAUUUAAGAAAACUCGCACAGAAUGAAGUAACUUUGUGUCAAAAAGAAAUAACUCAGUUGAAGCACCAGAUUGUCUUACUUUUGGUUCCCUCAGAAGAAACAGAUGAAAAUGAUUUGAUCCUGGAGGUCACUGCAGGAGUUGGGGGUCAAGAGGCAAUGUUAUUUACUUCAGAAAUAUUUGAUAUGUAUCAGCAAUAUGCUGCAUUUAAAAGAUGGAAUUUUGAAACCCUGGAAUAUUUUCCAAGUGAAAUAGGUGGCCUUAGACAUGCAUCUGCCAGCAUCGGGGGUUCAGAAGCUUAUAAGCACAUGAAGUUUGAAGGAGGUGUGCACAGAGUACAAAGAGUACCAAAGACUGAGAAGCAAGGCCGCAUCCACACGAGUACCAUGACAGUAGCCAUAUUACCCCAGCCUACUGAGAUUAAUCUGGUGAUUAAUCCCAAAGAUUUGAGAAUUGACACUAAACGCGCCAGUGGAGCUGGGGGGCAGCAUGUAAAUACCACAGACAGUGCUGUCCGCAUAGUUCAUCUUCCAACAGGUGUUGUUUCUGAAUGCCAGCAAGAAAGAUCUCAGCUGAAAAAUAGAGAGAUGGCCAUGAAAAAGUUACGUGCAAAACUGUACAGCAUGCAACUAGAAGAAGAAACAAGUAAAAGAUACAAUGCCAGAAAGAUUCAGAUUGGAACUAGAGGAAGGUCAGAAAAAAUAAGAACAUACAAUUUUCCACAGAACCGGGUCACAGAUCACAGGAUAAACAAGUCACUUCAUGAUCUUGAAACUUUUAUGCAAGGAGAUUACCUACUGGAUGAACUCGUACAAUCACUGAAGGACUAUGCCAAUUAUGAAUCUUUAGUAGAGAUUAUUUCUAAAAAUGUUUAUUGUGUAUUGUGAAUAAAGGCUCUUAUAACUUAGGAAAAUUCUGCUACAGCAAAUCACAUUUGUAUGUAAAUAUCAAUAGUCUUGAGAAACAUGAGUUAACACAGUUGAAAGGAAUAGGCAUAUUAUUAAGACAUACUUAAUUUAUAUACAUUUCUGUUAUGUAAUAGUUAAAUAUAAUUAUAAUUAUAGUUGUAAAUAUUGAAUUCUUUAUAAAUAGUUAAAGGAAAAUAGUUUUAUAUAAAAUAUUUAAUAGAUCAAAAAUUUGAUUAAAUCUCUGUUAUGAAAAACUUCAAUAUUAAAAAUCUGACAGUAAACAGUGUAUUAGUUAGGGUCUAGUCAGGAGAGAAAUACCAUACUAUUAAUUUGAACACAGAUAAUCUUAUAUAAAGAAUUUUUAACUGAUAAUGAGAUUUACUGAGGGAUGAAAGAGAAAUACUACUAGGACUGAGAGUGCCCAGGGUUAAAAAAUGCCACUGGAAGGGGCUCGCCUUUUUCACUAUGGAGUCAGUCCAACAGGAGAGGGUAGGACUAUAGCCCACUAAAUGAUGGAAAAGUUCCCCUGGUUGUCCUGGGCUGGAGCUGAUGUGUACCUGGUAGACCAGGCCUUGCAAGCAGAGAACUUCCAAACAUCAAGACUGGUAAGCAGAAGCCUCUUGUUAAGAUGUGAGCAAAAACUGUCAUAAGGUAGGUCUCAGUAGCAGUCUGUACAGUCAGGGUUCUCCAAAGCAGCAGAACCCACAGGGUGUGUUUAAGUGAUUGGGUCACUUGAUUACUGAUACUAGCAACUCCAAAAUCUGCAGUGUGAGCAAAAAACCUAGGGACCCAGGAGAGGUGCAGUUCAAGUUUAAAGACAGUCUGUGAAGAAUUCUCUUGUUUGCAGGAGACCAAUCUUUCGGUCCAUCCAGAU